AUGUACGGGCUGCACGAGACCACAUCUGCAAACAUAGUAGACUUUCUUGCUUUCUAUCUGAUCCAAGCACUCAUUCCGACCACCGUCCUCGUCAUCACUCCGAAGAAAUCACCACUUCGCUUUCUCGCCAUACCAUGUAUGAUAUGGAUCGCCAACCGGUUCAUGCUACCUUUUGCACCCGCAGGUAGUCCGACCUGGUGCCAGGCGAUCUGCCAGCUCGUGAUCAUGGUUCUGCAAGCGAUCAACAUAUUGUUGAUCAAUCCAUUAGACCGCCAAGAUCUGACCAAGGUGGUCCAAAACUCCCAGAGCAUCAUCUCGUACUUUUUUGCAGCAACUCGAGCUCUGAUAUUUACCCGCGGCUUCAAUACCCCUUGGCAAGUGAAGAAUAUACCAUCUCAGCCCCGUUACUACACGCGACGGGGUAUGCAGGCACCCAGUCGAUCUCGCUUCUUGCUUCGUCAAUCUGCAAUCUUCGCUUGGCAAUAUUUGGCCCUCGAUGUCAUUCAGACACUUUCGGCUCAGCAGGCUCCUACGAGCAGGGAGCUCUUGUCGAAGAUUCAAUGGAAUUUGUCGUGUGGUGAGUGGGCUGAGCGAGCAGGUACACAUCUAGCGAUCUGGUUCGUGGUGAAUAGACUCAUCGGCGACUCUGCAUAUCGUCUCCUUUCCAUCGCUAGUGUUGGCCUUGGAAUUGACUCGCCCUCGGAUUGGCCACCGGCUUGGGGGAGAAUAAGUGAAGCAUACACUCUUCGAAACUUUUGGGGUAAAUUCUGGCACCAGUUUAUGCGACAGCCUUUCUCGUCCUUGGGUAACUUCAUCGCGCGAGAUAUUCUGGGCCUGGCUCGAUCAUCAGUCCUUGAACGAUAUGCCAAUCUAUUUGCUGUUUUCCUGAUAUCGAGUCUGUACCAUGUUAUUGUGGACCUGUUGCAAAGUGUUCCGCCUGAAUAUUCGGGAUCGAUCACUUUCUACACUGGCUUCGUCGUUGGAAUUAUCAUCGAGGAUUGUGUGCAGGAAUUAUGGGGUCGCUUCGGAGCUGAGAGAUCUAAUUCUGAGAAGAAUGAGCCGGCUAUGUGGCAGAGGAUCCUCGGAUUACUGUGGGUCAUGACAUGGCUUGCAAUUACAUCGACCUGGUACUUCACCCCGAUGAUCCAGUUGACUGGACCAGAUGUGACUAUGGUCCCGCUUAGCCUUUCGGGGGAGCUGGGUCUACCUACUUCCGGGACAGUUCUCUUAUUCGCCGGUGUCGCCAUAUCGUGGAUAUUUGAAGCUGAGCUCUAA